CAUAAAAAGAUACGAAUAUAAAGAAAUUAAAAUUGUAGUUUGUGAUCGAUAAAAGAUGUGGCAGAAAAAAGGAGGGAAAAAUUGUAUUUAUUUUUGUUUUAAGAAUGAUGAAUAGUUGGGUGAAGAGUUCAGUGUGUGGGAAAAAUUUGAACGAGGCAGACCGAUCUUCUACAGGUGGUACAACCACUCAGUUUAGUCUCACCAAUGGCAUCUUGCCCUCUUUGGGUGCUCAAAGCAACCGAGGCAUCGUCCUCCGUCGCUUCAUCAUCGCCCCCAGGGAUCCCCGUUACAGAUCAUGGGAAAUGUUUUUGGUAUUGUUGGUUUUCUACACGGCAUGGGCAUCUCCGUUCGAAUUCGGUUUCCUUCAAAAGCCAUCAAUUAAGGUCAUUGCUAUCGCCGAUAACAUUGUCAAUGCAUUUUUUGCUGUCGAUAUAUUUUUAUCCUUCUUCGUCGCGUACCUCGAUAAGAAAACAUACCUUCUAGUCGAUGACAAAAAGAAGAUUGCUUGGAGGUACCUCAGAACAUGGUUUGUUUUCGAUACUACAUCGACGAUUCCUUCUGAACUUGUUCUCAAAGUUCUCCCUCACAACGUUCGAGUCUAUGGAUUGUUUAGUAUGCUACGUCUUUGGCGUCUUCGUAGAGUCAGUAAAAUGAUCUCUAGAUUGGAGAAAGAUCCAAAAGUCAACUAUUUUUUCAUUCGAAGCUGCAAGCUAAUUUGUACGACUCUUUUCACGGUUCAUUCAGCGGCCUGCUUUUACUAUCUCCUAGCUGCCAGUUACCCCGACCCGAAAAAGACUUGGAUUGGUCUUACAGUAGACAACUUUGAGAAGGAGAAUCUGUGGUUAUUGUAUGUGACAUCGAUUUACUUUUCGAUAACCACUGUCACGACAGUCGGCUAUGGUGAUUUACAUCCUGUGAAUUUAAGGGAGAUGAUCUUUGUCAUAUUCUACAUGCUCUUCAAUCUUGGACUGACUGCAUAUUUGAUAGGAAAUAUGACAAAUUUAGUCGUUCAUCGAACUAGCCGUACCAGAAACUUUAGGGAUAAACUUCAAGCUGCUUCUAGUUUUGGACAAAGAAAUAAGAUUCCGGUUCGUCUCCAAGAUCAAAUGGUUAGUCACUUGUGUUUGAAGUACAGAGCGGAUUCAGAAGGGUUACAACAACAAGAGGUUCUUGAAUCUCUUCCUAAGGCAAUCAAAUCAAGUAUUUCACAUUACCUUUUCUACUCACUGCUUGAUAAGGUAUACCUAUUUCGCGAAGUGUCCAAUGACUUGCUUUUUCAGCUGGUUUCGGAGAUGAAAGCAGAGUACUUCCCACCCAAGGAAGAUGUGAUUUUACAGAAUGAAGCACCUACAGAUCUAUAUGUGCUAGUCACUGGUUCAAUGGAGUUGAUUAUCAACAAAAAUGGAUAUGAAGAGGUUGUUAGAGAGGUUAGAUCUGGAGAGGUGUGUGGCGAGAUUGGUGUUCUUUGUUACAGACCUCAGCUCUUUACUGUCCGCACCAAGAGACUGUGUCAGCUGCUGCGUUUGAAUCGUACAUCACUUCUGAAUCUUAUCCAGGCAAAUGUUGGAGAUGGAGCAAUUAUUAUGAGUAAUCUCCUAGAGCGUUUGAAAGCAACUGCACAGGAUGAUGAAUUAAUGCAAUCUGUUGUCAAUGACGUUGAGAAAAUGGUAGCUCAAGGUCAAACAGAUUUGCCUCUUGAUUUAUGUUUUGCUGCUGGAAGAGGAGAAGAACCAUUGCUGCAACGUUUGUUGAAACAAGGCUCCAAUCCAAAUGAACGAGGCCUCAAAGACCGCACUGCUCUGCAUAUUGCAGCUGCCAAUGGAAACGAAAAUUGUGUGACUCACCUCCUAGCAUAUGGGGCUGAUCCAAAUAUCCGAGACUCAGAAGGAUAUGUUCCACUAUGGGAUGCAAUAAUGGGGAAGCACCCUGAAUCCUUGAUCAAGUUACUAGUUGACCACGGCGCAACUCUAGCAUCCGGUGAUGUACCUCAUUAUGCUUGCUAUGCUGUAGAGCAAGAUGACCUAGAGCUACUACAAAACAUUGUACGACAUGGUGGAGAUGUAACAUUGCCUAAGAGCGACGGGACUACACCACUUCAUGCCGCAGUUACAAAUGGAAACGUGGCUAUUGUAAGGUUCCUUUUGGAGCAUGGCGCGGACAUUGACAAGCAUGAUAAAGAUGGGGUCACACCAAGGAUUUUGGCUGAUCUUCAUGGAAACGCAGAGAUUAAAGCAUUAUUUGGUACUACUACUAAAAAGAGGGUCAGCCUCAAAUCAGAUCAUGAAGUGAUCAUUGAUAAAAACGUCGGUUCUACUACUUCCCUCGUGAAGUUCCCAAGUACUGGUACAUUAUUGGAAAAGGUUAAUUUGGUUCCUAAUGUUCAUGAUGAGAUGCCUGAAACUCACACUCACCCGAGAGGUCGGCCUAAUGUCUUUCAAAAUUCGCUAUUCGGAGUUGUGUCUGCAGCAACUAGAGGUGAAACAUCUACUAGUAUAAACAAUUUUACAAGCACUACGACGUUGAGAAAUCCGUCUGCCAGAGUGAUACUCAAAUGCCCGGGAAAGAGUGAGACUUCAAAGCUCGUUAGGCUGCCCGAAACAAUUCAAGAACUACUCGAAAUUGGUAGCACAAAAUUUGGAUGCCACUGCACUAAACUAGUCUCCGCACUUGGAGCUGAAAUUGAUGAGAUCGAACUCAUUAGAGAUGGCGAUCAUCUUAAUCUAGUAUGCGACGACAAGACUAAUGUAAGCUAGCACAAAUCGUCAGUCCAGGCUUAAGUCUUUUAUUCGUCUUUGUUGAUUGAGUCCAAAGUUCGAACACGAGCAAAAAUACUUGUGGAUUAAGAAACUGAUCACAUAUAUCAUACGUACAUGUUAUGUACAAACAUCUUUUUGAAGGAGAAAUUACUCGUGUACAUUCUCAGAAUUUCUUCAAGCUUUGUCCUUGUAUUUGAUCUCUUUGUAUGGCGUGAAGACUGUGAACCAUAAUCUUGUACAAAAUUGGAACAGUGUGCGACGUACAAAGUGUAAAGUUUUGCAAAGAUGGCAAGUUUCCUCGGUUCUUUUUACAUGGUGAUUGACACGUUUGAACUUUUGAUUUGAAACUAUUCACAAUUUCAUAAACUUUAUUUUGACUAA